AUGCAAAUUCAAGCUCAACUAAAUAACCGAAAGAAAAGGAUGCAUGCUAUUAUUAAGCAAUCACGUGCAGAUAUUGCUCAGCUGCUCAAAAUUGGCAACCUCAACAGUGCUUUAGCUAGAGUUGAACAACUAUAUAAAGACACGUGUUUAUUGACUGCAUAUGAUCUAAUUGAUAAUUUCUGUGAAUGCAUCAUCACCAACAUGUCUCACAUUAGCAAAUGCAGUUCUAUGCACAACUUGCCAACCAAUGUGGCAGUGGCAGUUGCAAGUUUGACAUAUGCAGAUUCAAGAUGUGGUGAAUUGUCACAUUUGCAUCAUGUAAGAAACUUGUUCAGAGAUAGAUAUGGAAGGGAGUUUGAAAUUGCAAAUGUGGAACUAUUUGCUGAGAAUCUUGUAGACUCGCAGUUGAGGAAAAACCUCAGCAUCUAUGUUGCACCAGAAAAUGAGAAACUCAAGUUAUUAAAUGAAAUAGCUCAAGACUGA